AUGGCUCGAGUUCCAGAGCACUGUCGGCAUUCUGCAAAUCCCCCGGAGGGUUAUCUCUACCCCGGCGUCGAUAUCUUUGGGGGGCUCGCCAAUAUCACCCAGAUACUGAAGGCCGGUGGCUACCAGUCACAGCUCGACUUCGCAAGCGACCUGUAUCGGCUGAUUAAUGUCAAGCCCCGUGACGGCCAUCUGGUAUUUACCCCUGUGAUAGGCACUUUAUUCAGUUUUGAAUCGCCCGCUCUCUUUGUGUCAAUCUCCGAAGACGGUAUCGCAAAUCCCAAGAUCUACCUUCACUCCGAUUAUGAGAAAAGUGUGGAGCAAGGGUAUAUUGCUUCUGAGGUCGUCAGAUUCGACUCGGUUCCCAUUGUCGACCACGUCCAGCAGCGAGCCGUUGACAACUCCCGAGACCAGGACCCUGACGCAGCGUAUAACAGUCAGCUGUACAGUGCUGCCCUGACGAACGUCCUCGAGACUACUGGGGCCCGUCAGUUCCUGUACACCACCCUCGCGGACGAAAGCGUGAUCGAGUUCGCCAACGCCACCAAAGCAACCAUCGCCAAUAUCGCCUGGGUGGCGACCAACUUCUCCGGCAUCAACUCCGCCGAGGCCGUGCACGAGCGCUUCGAGGUUCCUGGGAAGACCGGCGAGACAGAAGUGCCCAUCCGCCACGUACGGCCGGGCUUCGCACCGGCUCUGGCAGGAUACCCUGAGGCCUUCGUCAUCCACGAGGACAGGUACCAGAGCGGCUAUCUCUUUAACGAGUCAGCCCUGAAAGACACCGCCGUCCUUGCUGUCAAUCUGUUUAUAUCGCCGAACCAAACAGGCGGCGGGACCAUCCUCCCAUCCGAUGUUCUCGCAGACCUCCUCGACUUCAGUAGCGUCAGUGCCGAAUUCGUUGAGACCAGCAGGAAGCAGGGCAAGUCCAGGCUCAUUAUUGACCUCCAGGGUAAUGGUGGAGGUCUUGCGUGGAAUGCCAUAUCUUUGUACGCCACCCUCUUCCUCAACAACAGCAAGGCGCACAUGAAGAUGCGCGUACGUGCGCACCCCCUCCUGAACUGGGUCGGGACCAUGCUUGGGAAAAUGGGCGCCGAUGUCAAGACCAUGCCCUACCCGGUUGGGUCCAGCGGCUUUCUCGAUAAGGACUUGAAGAACUUCACGGACUGGAGCAGCUUCUAUGGCCCCGAGAAGAUCGGCGAGGAUGAAUACACCAACAUCAUCCAGCCCCUGGAGGUGUCCUAUGCUGCCGAUGGACUCCCGGGCAUCUUUACCAUCCCCGAGCCCUGGUUCAAGCCCGAGGAUACCAUCAUUGUGACUGACGGUCACUGCGCAUCCGCCUGCGCCUAUAUCGUUGGUAUAAUGUCCCGUGAGCUCGGUGUUCAGGUCGUUGCUAUGGGUGGACGUCCUAUUGAUGCACCCAUGCAGGCGGUUGGCGGCACGAAGGGCGGCCCAGUCAUCGCGCUGGGAAGCUACCAGAAGCUCUGGCCGGCCCUCGGCCCCGUCAAGCCGCCCGAGGGUGUCGAAGUAACGCCCUUCGCUGAGGCAGACCCGCCGCUCGCCGGCAUCCCCACAGAUGGAUGGACUGUCAAUUCCGCAAACGUCUAUCCCAACGACGACCUAGGCGCGCCCCUGCAAUUCCAAUACGAGGCGGCCAACUGCAAGCUAUUCUAUACUUGGGACACGUUGACCAAUAUGACUAGCCUGUGGUCUGCGGUGGCGGACGUGAAGUGGAACGGGGCCAAGUAUGUCAAGGGCUCGACGGCCAACGACGACGGCACGAUGAACACGUCAACCCCUGGCUACUCCGAGAAGGUCUUGUCGGGCUUCGCGUGGGCUGCUGGCCCCGGCGACGUAGCUGAGGGACCGCGGUCUGGUGGGAGCAGCAACGACAGUGCCGGGACGGGUGAUAGAGACAAAAACGCUGCUGGCUCUCUACGGGCUUCUUGGGACGUGUUGUCUAUCGCAGCUGUCUCGACAACGGUUUUAAUGUCUGUCAUGUAG